UGGAAUUGGGAUCGGGAUCUCUGCGCAUUCCCCUUCUGGCCCUGACGCUGGGGUUCUCCGUUGCUGUCCUGGGACUGGGUUUGGGAUCGGGAUUGGAAUUGGGAUCGGGAUCAGGCUCUCCACAUGUUCCCCUCCCCCUGCUGGGGGUUCUCCGUUGCUGUCCCUGCACCGGCAGCGGGGUCGGGAAAUUCCUCCGGGAUAAAUCCCUUACACAAGAGGCUCCCGCCAUCAAUGGCUCCCUUCAGGCCGGCUCCGGGCUCUCCUCAUUUUCCCGGAUAAUCCCCGGAGCUCGGAGCUCUGAGAUUUGUUGGGAAGAGAGGAGGGAAAAGCAGGAAAGGCCUGAGGUGACCGUUCAUGGGGGAGCGAGGGAUCCCACAGGGGUUUGGGAACAAAAUCCCACUUUAUUCCCACUUUCCCAUACCAACACCACACAUUCCGUAUGCCGGCGCGGGUUUGGGAAUUCCUGUCGGGAUAUGCCCGGGAUGAGGGAGUGGCCAGGGCAGCUCUGCCACCCCAAAUCCAUCCGUUAUCCCCAGAUUUCCGGGAAAAGCUAUUACAGGAAGUACCUCAAGGCCCUGCUGUCCAAGCGGGACCGGAAAGGGAGCUCCGUCAAGAUUGAUGAGAGCCUCGGCUCCCGGAUCCGCUCCUACCUGCUCUCCUACAUCUACAUUCCCGAGGAAG